AUGAUGGAUGUUGAUUCAGAUGUUCAAAUGGAUGACGCUGUUGACCAGCGAGAUGCUACUUCACAAGCGGUGACCGAAAACAAUGAAAAUGGCAUGAAUGCAGGUGACGGAGAUGCUGUUAUGACGUCAACAGAUUCCUCAUUAUCACAACAGGAAGACACAUCAACGGAAGUGGGAAAACCAAUACAACAGGCUCCGAUCAGUACAACAGAUCCAACGACCAAAAUAAACACAUUAGAUGGUUGGAUAGAUCAGUUAAAACAAUGUAAGCCGCUUUCAGAGAGUUCGGUUAAGGAAUUAUGCGACAUGGCCAUGGAAGUGCUAAAGGACGAGGAAAAUGUUCAGCCAGUUCAUGUUCCAGUGACUAUUUGUGGUGAUAUUCAUGGCCAAUUUCAUGACUUGAUGGAACUCUUUAAAAUUGGUGGUCCAUGCCCAGAUACAAAUUAUCUCUUUAUGGGUGAUUACGUGGAUAGAGGGUACUACAGCGUUGAAACAGUCAGCUUUCUGGUUGCCAUGAAGGUCAGAUAUCCAAAGAGAAUCACGAUCUUGAGGGGAAACCAUGAAAGCAGGCAAAUUACUCAGGUGUAUGGAUUUUACGAUGAGUGCUUCAGGAAAUAUGGGUCAGCGAACGUUUGGAAGAUGUUUACAGAUCUUUUCGACUAUCUUCCGAUAACUGCAUUAGUGGAUAAUUCUAUAUUUUGUCUACAUGGUGGUUUGUCGCCUAUGAUUGAGACGAUAGAUCAAGUUCGUGAGCUUAAUAGAUUUCAGGAGGUUCCACACGAGGGUCCUAUGUGCGAUUUGCUAUGGUCUGAUCCAGAUGAUCGUGGUGGUUGGGGAAUCUCACCUAGAGGUGCCGGAUUCACCUUUGGACAGGAUAUCUCAGAGCAGUUUAAUCAUACAAACGGCCUAUCGCUUACAGCAAGAGCCCAUCAAUUGGUCAUGGAAGGUUACAGCUGGUCGCAUCCAGACUUGGUGGUGACAAUCUUUUCAGCCCCUAAUUACUGUUACAGAUGUGGUAAUCAAGCUGCUAUCAUGGAGGUGGAUGAAAAUCACAACAGGGAUUUCUUGCAGUAUGAUCCAUCUAUUAGACCAGGAGAACCUACCGUUACAAGAAAAACCCCGGAUUACUUCUUAUGA